GGCCUCUGGGAGGAAAAUGGAAAAAUUCAGCAUUGCAGUCAAUAUUGGGGCUGGCAGCAAAGUCAGCUUUGAGUUGACUUAUGAAGAGCUAUUGAAGCGACACUUGGGAAAAUAUGAAAUUGUCAUUAAGGUUAAACCAAAGCAGCUGGUCCGGCAGUUUGAGAUUGAAGCAGACAUCUUUGAACCACAAGAGAUUAGUAUGCUGGAUGCCCAAGCAACUUUCCUUUCUAGGGACAUGACUCAAUUUAUUGAAAAAUCCUUCUCUGGAAAAAAGGGUCGUGUGUAUUUCAAUCCCACAAUUGAUCAACAACAGGCAUGCCCUACUUGCACUAAAUCCUUGCUUGACGGAGACUUCAAAAUAAAAUAUGAUGUGAAAAGAGACUCAGUCUGUGAUCUGCAGGUGGUCAAUAAACAUUUUGCACAAUUCUUUGCACCAAAAAAUUUGAAGAACAUGGCCAAGAAUGUAGUUUUUGUGAUAGACAUUAGUGGAUCUAUGGCUGGCCAGAAAAUAAGGCAGACCAGGGAGGCUCUCCUUAAGAUCCUUGAUGACAUUAAGCCGGAAGAUUACUUCAAUUUGAUCCUCUUUGGAGGCCACGUAAAAGCAUGGAAAAAUUUUCUUGUCCAGGCCACGACUGCCAAUCUGCAAGAAGCCAGAGCCUUUGUGCAAACCUUCAGCCUUGCAGGCGCAACAAAUCUGAAUGGUGGCUUGUUAGAGGGAAUUGAGACCUUGAAUGAGGCUCUUGAAGCUGAUCCCAGCCUCAGAAAUAACGCUCCCAUCGUCAUCAUGUUGACGGAUGGGGAACCUACUGUGGGGGAGACCAACCUGGCCCAAAUCCGAACGAAUGUCAAGAAUGCCAUCCAAGGGAAAUUUCCACUCUACAAUCUGGGCUUCGGAGAAAAUGUUGACUUUAGUUUCUUGGAGGCAAUGUCUCUGGAGAACAAUGGGGCAGCCCGCAGAAUUUACGCAGAUAAUGAUGCUGCUGAGCAGUUACAGGGCUUUUACGAUGAAGUUGCCAAUCCCCUCCUCACUGAUGUGGAAUUCCGGUAUCCCAAGGACUCCAUCCAAGCUCUGACAGAGAAUCGAGUAAAGCAAUUCCACGAGGGCUCUGAAAUCGUGGUAGCUGGAAAGCUCACUGACCAUGGACUGAGGGACUUUAAAGCUGACGUGACUGGCCGGGGUGCAGGCCAGAAUCUGGUAACAACAUGCUUGGUUGAUGAAGAAGAGAUAGAGAAAAGUCUCCGUGAACGGGGCCAUCUGUUUGAGGAACACAUUGAGAGACUCUGGGCUUAUCUUACCAUCCAACAGUUACUGGAAAAAUGGACAAAAGCGAACAGUGAGAAGGAGAAGAAUGAUCUGUCUGCCAAAGUUGUGGAAGUGGCUCGGAAAUACAAAUUUGUGACCCCUCUGACCUCCAUUGUAAUCACCAAGCCAGGAGACCCUGAUGACCGGAUUGCCAUUGCUGAUAAGCCAGGAGAAGCCCCUCUAGAAGCCAUAGAUAUUCCUAAACUGUCUUGGAUACCAGGAUUUCUGGUUAUAUCUCUGCCUACAGUGGAUGGAGACCCACAUUUCAUCAUCCAGGUGCCUGAGAAAGAUGAUGCCAUCUGUUUCAAUAUCAAUGAGGAGCCAGGUGUGGUGUUGAGCCUCAUCCAAGACCCAGACACAGGGAUUAUAGUGAAUGGGCAGCUCAUUGGUGAUAAAAAUCAUAGCAAUGGAAAGAACAAAAACACUUACUUUGGAAGGCUUGGGAUUAUGAACCAGAAGAUGGGAUUUGCAUUGGAGGUGACGCCUCAGAAUAUCACUCUUCGCCCUGGUAUGAAGGGAUCUGUAUUUUCCUGGAUGGACCAAGUCACACUGAGGCAGAGAGGGGUGACUGUGACUAUCCUCCCGACUCGGAAAUUGGUGGUUUCCAUGGAGGAUGGGGCCACAGUGGUUGUUGUCUUGCACCAUGUGUGGAAAAAGCAUCCUGUCCACCAAGAUUUCCUGGGGAUAUAUACAGUGGACACCCACAAGAUGUCACCAAGGACACAUGGGUUGCUGGGACAGUUCUUCCAUUCUUUUGACUUUGAAGUUUUUGAUGUCCGGCCAGGCUCUGACCCUAAAAAGCCAGAUGCUACAAUGUUGGUGAAAAACCACAGGCUGAAGGUCACCAGGGGCUCACAGAAAGACUAUAGAAAGGACCCCUGGAUGGGCAGCGAUGUCUCCUGCUGGUUUGUGCAUGACAAUGGUGCCGGGCUGAUUGAUGGCACCCAUACGGAUUACAUUAUCCCCAGAAUAUUCUAACUCCAAUGUUUAGGAAAAUCUUUUAUUGUCCUUUGUGAGUCUGUAGUUCUGAUCACAUGAAAGCCAGCUCUUAGCAUUUGGACCCAAGGAGGAAAAGGGCUGGAUGGAGCCAUGGCCAGCAGUUCAGUGUAUACACAUGCCUACUGACCUCCCUCCAUUCUGCUUUCUAAAUUAAAUUUCUCUCUGAUCUCUUUCAAAUCCCGUUAUGUAAUUAUGGUUGACAUUUUGUAUAUCUCAUUAAACAGGAGCUUUGUUCUGCUCCAGAACUGUGUAUAUUUAGGGUAUGGGGGAGUGGUUAGUUGACAUCUGAAGAACCCAAGAACCCAUAAUGGAACAUUAAAGGUAGACUUUCAGACAUGGCAAAGCUGGAAAGAAGGGAAGCAGGGGGCAAUAAAGAGAAUGGAGGGUUGCCAGAAGUCCUAAAGGCAAGGUGUCUGGAACCCACCCUGCUGAAACAUCCUCACCUCCUUAGAGAGGGAUUGGUGACUAUUAAAAAAAUAAGUCUUCUUCAGAA